CCUGCUCCUGACCCUACCGCCGCUCCUGUGCGUGAAUCGCACAGUCGUAGUACCGCUAGCCGCACGUUCACAACAAAACCUCCGCUAGCUCUCCUAACUCCGCACGGGAGCCAUUCUCACCAGGAUUUUAUACUCAGCGAGGAAAAAAAACCCAACAACAUGCCAUCCAAGCUGUGAAAAUCUUCCCGUGGGAUUUUAUUUACAUCGAAGAAGAGGAAAGAUUCCGAAGUGUGACUGGUUGUUGAUAAAACAUGGCGGGGGAAGCUCAACAAAACGUGGUGAAAGUGGGGUUCCUUGGCCUGAGUGACGGGAAGCGUGAUCCUGAGAUUGUCCGUGUGCAGCUGACAGCAGACAGUCUGGUACUACAGAGAGAGGAGACAGUCUACGGGAACUCACUCGCCGCUAUAAGCUCACAGGUCAACAACUUUGAUAUUGACAGCAACAGAGAAAGAUCAGUUAUUCUCAGAAGACAAAAAUCUGGAGGUUUGGGGUUGAGUAUCAAGGGUGGUGCUGAACACAACAUCCCAGUCCUGAUAUCAAGAAUAUUCAAGGACCAAGCUGCUGACCAGACUGGCCAACUUUUCGUUGGUGACGCAAUAAUCAAGGUUAAUGGUGUCAACGUAGAGCAUUCGACGCAUGAUGAUGUGGUACAACAUCUGAAGAACUCCCCUGAUGAUGUAAAGUUAACUGUUAGAUACUACAGAGCAGCAACUCCCUACCUAAGAGCUCCAGCUAAGCGGUCACGGUACUCGUCUGAACAGUGUAAUGGGAACGCUUCACCGGCUGAUAACGAAACAACCGGCAGCUCGGAAUGGAAGACACCGCCCAGAAGUCCGACGGUUCCGUUGACGGGAGGUCGGUACGAGAAACGCUGGACGAACAUUCUGACCAUCCCGCUGGCCAUGGCAGCACUGACCAAGUACCAAACUGGCACCGAUAAACUCAGACCAAACUCGUUUGAAGUGUGGGGAGGGGACGGCGUAACGUCAGCCGUGCUUCACUGCAAUGACGUCACGGAAGUCACGGACUGGUGCCGCGUCGUAACCGCCGCCAUCGCAGCUGCUAACGCGAAUUUCAUUAAACUCUCAAACGACACAGCAUCCCCCUUACACCAGAUUACCCACAUGGGGUGGAUGAGUGAGCGGAUAGGAGCCUCCAAGAACUUCCAGAACUGGAAACCCAGAUUUGUAGCACUCAGAGGGGAGGACAUGUUUCUCAUGGACACCCCUCCUGUUAGCCAAAGAGACUGGGUGAGGUGUGAUCGGAUGUACAAGCUACAUGAGCUCAUGUGUAAAAUGAACAGGGACCAGGAAGUGUUAGAUGACAGACUGUACUGUGUGGGAGUGCAGCUGUCGACUGGGGAGUCCUGUUACCUGAGUGUGGAGACUAAAGAAGAGUUAACUCUGUGGAUGGGAGCCAUACAGACUGCCACACAUCACGCAGUCAGGAUUAUAGGGAGGAAAACCUUUGGAGUUAGCUGGCAGAGGAGACUGGCUGCACUCACGCUGGACUUCACCACUGGCUUCACACUGUAUGAUGGAGAAAAUAAGGCUGUGCUAUGGACCUACAAGUUCUCCCAGUUGAAGGGUUCCUCGGACGACAACAAGUCUAAAAUCAAGCUCCUGUUCCAGUCUCCCAACCUCAGGCAUAUAGAGACACAGGAGUUGGAGUGUCCGAACCUGCAGGCUCUCCUGUUCAGUAUGCACGCCUUCCUGUCCGCAAAACUCGCUGCUGUCGACCCUGUCUUCGUCCGUAGUCUCGCCAACAUGGCCGUCUAACCGCGUAACAGUUCCCAUCCACAUCAGGACUUUUAACAAUAUCCGUAAAUAACUUCAUAAGGUUGGACGAUACUUAGGGUAUAGAAUUUUCUUCUUACACAACCAGUAAGAUACACACGAUCCCAAAAACAACAAGCACAAAAA